AUGACUUCAGUAUUAGGCUUACUUUGCCUUUUUCCUCUCUUGAUCUUCUCAUGUUGUGCUGGUUCAUGGCCUGAGGAGGAUACCCCUUCGGUCUAUGAGGCUCUCGCACAGUACGACUUCCCUGUGGGUCUUCUUCCAGAAGGUGCAACUGGGUAUGACCUGAAUCCUUCCACCGGUGAGUUCUCAGCGUAUCUCAAAGGCACGUGCACCUUCAUGCUUGCCAACACAUUCCACCUCAAAUACGAGUCCACCAUGUCAGGAAUCAUAACGAAGGACCGGCUUGAGAACUUGAGAGGGGUCCACGUUAAGCUGGUCAGGCUCUGGCUGAGAAUAAAGGAGGUGAGAAGGGAUGGAGAUUAUCUUGUGUUCUCCGUUGGUUUUACCACCGCCAACUUCCCGGUCAAAGACUUCAGCGAGUCGCCAAGAUGUGGUUGUGGGUUUAGCUGUAUUGAUGUGGCUGCAGAAGAUGAUACAGGGAUUGAUCAAAACUGGCAAAAUCUUUAUGUCUUUAUGAAUUCAACGGUUCACUUUUAA